AUGAACGAUGAGCAACGCUUAUUCAAACAUAUUACCAAGAAUUAUGAUGUUUCUGUAAGACCGGUUUGGAAUGCGAGCACUGUUGUAAAUGUUUUUAUGGGUCUUACACUCACUCAUAUUUUCAAUAUUGAUGAAAGGAAUCAAAUUUUGACAUUAAAUGUUUGGGUUGAACAAAGUUGGCGUGAUGAAAGGAUUCGAUGGAAUCCAAUCGAUUUCGGCAAUAUCAGCAAACUAACAGUUGGCAAGAAGUAUUUGUGGACUCCGGAUAUCGUCCUCUAUAAUAAUGCACGAGAUUUUUCACGUGGUUUUGUUGACACCAAUCUUCAUAUUUUGAGUAAUGGCGAUACGCAAUGGGCACCUCCAGCAAAGGUUUACUCGAUAUGCAAAUUGGAUGUUAGAUAUUUUCCGUUCGACGAUCAGCUCUGCAUUCUUGAAUUUGGGUCAUGGAUAUACGAUCAAUCACAGUUGGAUGUACAAAUUAUGGAACGAUACGAUGGUAAGAAUCCGUUCACGCGUGAUUCGUUUAUCGAAAAUGGUGAAUGGGAGAUCGUUGCAAAUCGCACUUAUAAGGUAUUUCGCAAUCGACAAGCAACCUUUUCAACAAUUGUGUUUGAAUUGCAUUUACGACGGCGGGUACUAUACUUCAUUUAUAAUAUUAUUGCACCAUGUUUCAUGCUUUCUAUGUUAACAAUGAUGCAAUUCUUACUACCAUGUGAAAGCGGUGAAAAAAUAACACUUGGUUUAACAGUAUUAUUGGCUUACUCCGUUUUCAGCUUUAACAUUGCUGAAAAUAUGCCGGAAACAUCAGAAGUUAUUCCUCUUAUCGGAAUAUAUUUAAUGGGAAUAAUGGCAAUUUCGGGUCUAAGUGUUUGUCUAUCAGUUAUCGUUCUCAAUAUGAAACAUAGCGCUGAACGAAAUUGCAGACCGCCAUAUUGGUUAAAUUUUAUUGCUUAUCGAAUUCUCGGGCGCUUAUUUGGGACAACGACACGAAAAACACGCCGAAAAUUGGAAUAUACAAGCGACAUGAAAGAUUUGAUGAGCAAAAUUAUUGUAUUAUAUUUUUUAAAUUUUUAA